AUGAAGGUCUUCUUCGUCGCCGCCCUCGUUUCAGCUCCCGUUCUAGCGCAGGAUCUUACUAGCCUACCUGCCUGCGCUCAAACUUGCGCUUUGAAUGCUAUCUCCAGCACCGGCUGCGCGCCCACCGACGCCAAGUGUAUCUGCGAGUCAACCAGCUUUCUAAGUAGCGUAGAAAGCUGUAUUAGCACUGCGUGUAACGCAACUGAUCAGCAGGCUACCUUAACAUUCGCCCAGCAAUUUUGCAGCUCCGCUGGCGUCACUUAUCACGCAGCGACUCAAGCCACCACCCAGACUACGACUGGAAGUUCCACAGCGCCGAUUCCCACCACACUGAUCACAACCACCGACUCCUCUGGAAAUGUCUUCACCGUAACUGGCGAGGUCCUCGUAUUAGGUAACAGCAGCACCACCGUCCCUUGCCGCACCGUCAUUACGACCAACGCUGCAGGAGUAACGGUGACAGCGACUGAGACAGGCUUAUCUGUUGUAUGUUGUUCCACUUCUUUACUGAAACUCAUGGCUGACUAGAGUGUGUGAAGUUACCUAUAGAGUUACAAGGACAAAACUCAAGCUCGCAGACUUCAACUGCAUCUACGGCAGCAUCGUCGAGUUUAACAGCGUUACCAUCGAUAGCCACUUCAACUGCAGGAGCAGGAAUGCUAAGUUGGUUAAAUGCAGUUCUGGUAUCAGUUGCGCUAUCAGGUAUCUCG